AUGUAUGAGAAAGCUAGAUCCAAAAUUUCAGCCAUGUUUGAUCAAGUGUCUGACUUUAAACUAAUUGCUGUUUACAUUUUUUUGGCAAUAUUUUUGAUUGGUGAAGGAGAACGACAAAAAGCAGAGUAUUAUCUAAACCAUGUCAAAUUUUAUGUUAAAGAGUUCCAACCUAACAUGCAAGAAGCUCAAUUCCUAUUACGAACAGUUCUUCUUUCAGAAUCCAUUUUACAAGAAUCUUACGAACAGUUGUUGAGACAUUAUGAAAACAUUCUCCUCUAUUUUACUCCUAACAGCAGUACUUCUCAGACCAAUAUUAACACAAUUUCUAGUUAUAUCACUGCAUCCAACGAGAAAAUGUUCAGGGGUGGAAAUUGUAGAAUAUCAACGGACUCAGGUGAUGACCUCAAAAAACAACUUUCACACUUGAAAACAUUAAUAGAAACGAAUAACACAGAAUACCCAUUAGGAUAUCACCAAUUACUUGAUUCGUUGAUGAAGUCGUCGAACAACUCUAGCCCAUAUGCUGUCUCCAUUUCUUCUUCUACGGUUCACAGUGAGAAUUUGGAUAAGAAAGUCGAACAAAUUAACAUGGCCAUCGAAAAUAUUCGAAGUAUUUAUGGACAAUGGGAUUUUCUUGGAAAUACUUUCAUCAUGAUGCUUUACAGUAUUAUCAUUCUCCAUCAUCACAAACAAUUUAAUGACGAAGAGCUAUCCAUCGAUGCAGUGAAAUGUGCCGACAUGAUCACCAAAACAACGGAGUGCAACGAUGAUUUUUCAUUGUCUUCUUUUCCAGCCUCGAUACCAAUCUCUAUUGCAUGUAGGAUACAUUUAACAUCCCUCAAGACCGUUCUAAGUCAACAUCACUCAUUAUCAACGAGUAUGCAGAACAAUUGA